CCCGCACUUCCCUGCCGGCCGCGGCCAGAGCGCAGAGGAGCAGCGCCCGGCGCCUCUCUGCGGGGCGGAUCGCGGGGAGGUGGCGGCCGCUGCGGUAGCGCCGGCAGGACUUAGAGUUCAACUGGAAUCUUUCAUAGCGGAGUGAAGCUAGAAACUUGACAGAUGCCUGUGCCACCCCCGCCGCCUCCUCCUCCACCACCACCUCUUCCAGCUUCUGGAGGACCACCCCCAGCACCUCCACCAUUGCUAUCUUCAUUACCUCUGACAAGUACAGAGCCCCCAAAGCUCAGAAAGGAAGAUCAAAAAGAUCGAAGUGCAUUACUAGCAGAUAUUCAGCGAGGGACUCGCUUAAGGAAAGUUACCCAAAUCAGUGACCGAAGUGCACCACAGAUUGAAAAACCCAGAGGACCUAACAGAGAUGGAGGUGGACCAGCAACCAGCAAAAGUGGUGCUCAGCCAUCAUUGGGGGGCUUGUUUGCAGGUGGCUUUCCCAUGCUGAAACCAGUUGGCCAAAGAGACAUGACGGCUGGCAAGGCUGGGCAGCUGCCUGGAGUACGAGUGCCUCCUCCAAAGUCUCCAGCCCCAUUGAAUGGCAAUGCCAAAGCAAGCAGUAAUGUUUCAAGUCCACUUGAUUGUCCAAGAGCAGCACACCCAUCGGAGCUACUCAGUGGGCCACGAGCAGGACCAGCUCGGCCCAGCAUGCCUGCCCCUCCCCCACCUCCGCCAGUUUCCAGCAAACCUUCCCUUGUUUUCCCACCUCCUCCACCUCUUCCCUCUCCUCUGGAAAAACCUGCAAAAGUGUCACCCCCGAAUUUGGUGGUUCCUCCACCACCACCACCACCUCCUCCGAGUGACAAGCCCGCCAAGGUUCAAGCAACAGCUUCAUACCUGCCGCCUCCUCCCCUGCCCCUGGCACCGCCUUGUGGAUUGCCAGUUAGAACUGACUUUUAUUGCACUUCUGCCCCACAGCCUGAUUUGAGGGAUUAUCCACCUCCAACUCCUCCCCCGCCUCCACCACCACUGCCUCCUAUUCCUUCAUCAAGGGGAUCCUUGCCGCUGCCACCCUCCCCUACCUUUAACAGUGCUGUGAACAGCCAUGACAUUCCACCCGCACUGCCCCCCAAAUCUCCACACUUCUUGUUCCAAAAACCUGGUAUUCAGUCCAUGCCUCUCCCUCCUGCCCCACCCUUCCCUCAGCCAGCUGCAGCAGUGCAGAAGAAGAGACAAGGCAGAGGUGCAGUAAGCCACACUGGAAAGUUAAUUCCGCCUCCGCUGCCUCCAGCAAGAUCACCAUCAACUGAGCUUACAAGCAAGUGUCCAUAUACCCAAGUUUCAUCCUGGCCAGCUGCACGUGAGCCCUUUCCACAGCACAGAAAUGGAAACAUGCACAUCCUUGAUGAGUUUGAAUCUAAGUUUACUUUUCAUUCUGUGGAAGAAUUCCCCCCUCCCGAUGAAUUCAAGCCAUUUCAGAGAAUUUAUCCCAGCAAGGCAUCUAGAGGCAGUGCCCUUCAGCCAGUGUGAAGGAGGAUGCUAAAAGGUGAGAGACUUUUGAAAAGAAGAUUGAAAACUAACGACGGACCAGGAAACUGAAGUCCAUCACUGCUGCUCUAUCCAUCACUGUUGAGAAGCCCUGCCAUCAAAAGGUUCUGACCUGAACAAACUGGGGCAAGACAUGUCUUUUAUUACAGAUUUUUUUAAGAGAAGGCUUGUAAAACAGAAGUGACAGUAGCAUGCAGAAAUGGGCUGUUAUUCUUUAUUUGUAUUUUAGCUGCACCUAUUGUUUCUGAUUGACAGCCAUGGAGACGGAAAUGCUCUCUGAACAGCGGAAGCAGGAGCAGCGCACACUGUCCCAACAAUGCAGCUCAGUCUUAAACCACAGUGACCAUUGCUAAGGGAGACAGUUCAGUCUCCAAGCCCACUGAAUCAUUGGCAUCUGCAGAAACUGCCAAUGAGAGUACCAGUUAGAUAAGAUGAUAGACCACCUCACCCGCCCAGUGCCAUAUGUUGGGGGUUUUGUGAGGAGGAUGCUUGUCCAAUGAACUGCACUGAGACUAACAUUUUGCAUACAUUCAUGUUGUCAGUGUUUCCUAUUGGGAACGAUGGGGAGUGCGGAUGAGAAGAAAAGCUUUGUGACUCCCGGCUGGGGAGGCAACAGUUAACAGACAGAGCUCAGAUGAACCUGAGGCUCAUUAGCCUCCCUGAAACCCAACCCUUUCUUAUUUAUAAGACAGACAAUCAGCUGCUAGGGGUUUUCAGGGAGUGAGGAAGCAGGCUGGCAUGACCAGAGUGGGACAGCUUUUCUCUUCACAAAGACACACAAACUCAGAGCUGAAAGUGAGUUUUUAUUACAUUUGAUCAUAGUUUGUCUAGAAAAGUUUUAACUCACAGAGAAGCAGGAACUCUGGUGUGGCUGUUUUUUCUUAAUGUCUUGUGUACAAACCUUGGUUUAUGGGGAGUAUAGGGUGCUGGAGCUAGGGGUGCUGCUGCACCCCCUGGGUGUAAGUGGUUUCCAUUAUAUACAGGGGGUUACAGUAUGGUUCAAAGCUCUAAGCACCCCCCACUAUAUAAAUUGUUCCAGCACCUGUGAUGGGGAGAGGGAAGGACCUCUGCAAGUCUGUCUGUUUGCAGCCAGGCUAGAGGCUGUAGCUUUGCUAUGGCAAGGAAAGGAAUUCCAAAGGGUGUUUAAAGCCUGCUGCAGCCUUUAUGCGACACAGAUGGGAGAGCAAUGGGCCUUGGUAAGGCGAAGAGUAUUUUGGAGAAGCAAGCCUACCUACUGCCUUGUUCAGAGUCCAAUGAAGACUUGAGUUCCAGGUGAAGGGUGAACCUCCCUUCAGCACUAAAGUGAUCCCACAGGGGUCUCUUAGUCACUAAGGGCUUGUCUACAUUACCUGCUGGAUUGACGAGCAGCGAUCGAUCCAGUGGGGGUUGCUUUAUUGCGUCUAGUCUAGAUAUGAUAAAUCGACUACCGAGAGCUCUCCCGUUGACUCCGGUACUCAACCAGGGCAAGAGGCGCAGGCAGAAUCGAUGGGAGAGCGUCAGCCAUCGACUUACCGCAGUGAAGACACCGCGGUCAAUAGAUCUAAGUACGUCGACUUCAGCUACGUUAUUCACGUAGCUGAAGUUGCCCAACUUAGAUAGAUUUCCUCCUUCCCCACCCCACGGUGUAGACCAGGCCUUAGAGUACUUCAGGAAGUAGCUAAAGCAACCAUCUUUGAGAAUUUAUGGAGAAUGGGUGAGGUCCCAGAGGACUGGAGAAGGAAAAACACAGUACCUACCUUUAACAUGGGGAAUGAGGAGGGCCUGGGGAACGAUAUAGACCAAUCAGCCUAGCCUCUAUAAAUGGAAAGAUACUGGAACAAAUUAUUAAGCAAUCAAUUUAUUCAAACCUUGAAGAUAGUAAGAUAAGUAACAGCCAACAAGGAUUUGUCAAGAACAAAUCAUGCCAAACUAAUUCAAUUUUCUUCUGAUGGCGUAAACAGCCCAGUGUCGGGGGGAGGGAAGGGAAGGGAGAAUCAGUAGACGUGGUAUACCUGGAUUUUAGUAAGGUUUUUGACAGAGCCCCAGAUGACAGUCUUAUGAGAAGAAUAUAAGAACUAUGAAAUUAACUGUAAGGUGGGUACACAACAAGUUGAAAGACCAUAUUCAGAGUAGUUAUCAAUUGUUCACUACAAGCUGGGAGAACUUAUCAAGUGGAAUCCCAGAACGGUCUGUCUUCUGUGAAUAUUCUGUAUUUUCAUUAAUGACUUGGACGAUGGGAGUUAAGAAUAUACUUAUAAAACUUGUGGGCAACAUCAAGUUGGGAAGGGUUCCAACCACUCUGAAGAACAGGAUUCAAGUUCAAAAUGACUGAAGGUUGAAGAACUGAAAUCAACAAGAUGAAAUUUAAUAAAGACAAGUACAAAAUACAGCCCUUAGGAAGGAAAAAUCAAAUGCACCACUACAAAACAGGGAAUAACUGGCUUGGCCGUAGUACUGCAGAAGAGAAUCUGGGUGUUAUAGUGGAUCACAAACUGAAUGAGUCAGUGUUGUGGAAAAAGGCAAAUGCCAUUCUAGGAUAUAUUACCAUGUAAGGCACAGGAGGUAAUUGUCCUGCUCUACUCAGCAUUGGUGAGGCCUCAGCUGGAGUAGUGUGUACAGUUCUGGGCACCACACUAAGAUGUGGACAAAUGGGAGAUUGUGUCCAAAGGAGAGCAACAAAAGGGAUAAAAGAUUUAGAAAAUAUGACCAAUGAGGAAACGUCGAAAGAACUGGGCAUAUUUAUGUAGAGAAGAGGCUGAAGGGGGAGUCUUCAAAUAGGUAAAUGGUUGUUACAAAGAGGAUGGUGAUCAAUGAUUCUCAGUGUCCAUGAGGGUAGGACAAGAAGUAAUUUGUUUAAUUUGCAGCAAGAGAAUUAGGUUAGAUAUUAGGUAAAACUUUCUAGCUGGUAGGAUAGUUAAGCACUCGUGAAAUCACCAUCACUGAAGGUUUUUAAGAAGGUGUUAGACAAACACCUCUAAGGGAUGGUCUUGGUUUACUUAAUCCUGCCUCAGCAUGGUGGGAGGGGGACUAGAUGACCUCUCAAGGUCCCUUCCAGGUCUACAUUUCUAUGAUUUCUAAGACAACUAAUAGUCAUCUGACUGUAGUGACCUUUGGUUGUCCAAGGGGAUAGUCAGAUCAGCAUCCUCUCCCCAAAAUUAUAAUUUCCCUAAUGUACAGUAAGUGGCAAAUAUUUUCUUAAGCUGCAGGUGGUUUAGUUUAAAAUACAAUGCAGAGUGACCCAAGCUGGGAUUCACAGUUCAUGGUGAGAGAGACUUGUUAGGCCAUGGGUUGUUCCCUAUAGUAUUCCCCAGUACUCUGUCCUGCCCAGAUUUAAGCAAUAGGGUUUUUAUUUCUUCUCAAGAGGACGUUUCAAUAAACCUUUACGUAAAAAUGUUUCCUGCUAUUCAUCAUAACUUUUCUUUUGCUAAUUUUAUGGUGUGGUAAUUUUAUACGGGGCUGUGGCCACUUAGGCCACCCUAAGCAGUUCCUCUCCCUUUUUGAAGUUUACACACUGUAUAUAUAGUACUCAGACUUGUGUGUUCUUUUAAUCACGGUCUGGACAGUAGGUACAGGUUAGUGUGUCAAGUCUUUCUUUUACUCUCCCUGCCAGUCACAGG